UUAAAACUAGUUUCAAACCAAAAUCUAAUAAACCAUUUGUAAAAAAUAAAACAUAGGUAAAUGGUUACCAUAAGAACCUAUUUUAUUUUAUGGUACUUUGAUAGUUUGGUAUUCAUAAUAUCGGGGCCCCCAAUUUUUUUAAAGAGUUGGGGCCCUGGUGCAAUGCACCGCUUGCACCGGCGGUUUAUCCGGCACUGAAGACAGAUUAACACUGGGAGCGCUGUCGACGCCUAUCGUACUGAUGGUUAGGCGGGUUCCCCGCUUCGUGGAGUCGGGAGAUUGUAUGUAUUUUGCCGACAUUUCUGUGCUGAUUUUAUAUCAUUAAACUCAAAUUUAACGAAUCCAUUAGAGUGAUACACUCGGCAGCUACUGUACAAGCGAUACCUACCGACUUGUUCGCCUUUUUAAGCAUGUUUUUACUUAUUCUUUUAACAAUUAUAACAAACCAGCAUGAAACCAGUAUAAACAAAAAUUUCAUGGAAUAAGUUAUUCGAUGCCAAUAUUUGCGUCCUUGAUAAAUGUAUGACGUGUGAUAUUAACUGUUGUGAAAUUCAAAAUUCAAAUUAAUAAUUAUUAAUAUUUUGUUACGUUAACUUUUUUAAAAUGCCCGUGGAAUUACAAAAUCUCUUACAAGGAUGGUUGGAAUUAGAAAGCGAUCCUGGUUUGUUUACUUUGCUUUUAGAAGAUUUUGGAGUGAGUGGAGUUCAGUUGGAAGAAAUUUAUGAUCUUCAGCAAUCAUUAGACGGUCAAGUUUAUGGUUUUGUAUUUUUGUUCCGAUGUGUUGAGGAGCGACGUGGCCGCAAAAAAAAUGUAGACCAAAAAGGCAUAUUUAUCAAAGAUGAUGUAGCUAUUAACAGUAUAUUUUUCGCUCACCAAAUGAUACCCAAUAGUUGUGCUACUCAUGCACUGCUAUCAAUUUUAAUGAACUGUUCAAAUAUACAUCUAGGUGAGACAUUGGAACGUCUUAAAGAACAAACUCAAGGAAUGAAUCCAGAAAAUAAAGGAUGGGCCAUUGGAAACACUCCUGAAUUAGCACGAGCACAUAAUUCACAUGCUACACCAAUAAGUAAUCCACUUACAGAUAAAACACAGGAUGUAACAACUGAACGGUUUACCAGUGAGGCAUAUCAUUUUGUCAGUUAUGUGCCCAUAAAUGGUCAUUUAUAUGAAUUGGAUGGAUUGAAACCAUAUCCCAUGGACCAUGGACCGUGGGCUGAGAAUGAAAAUUGGACUGAAAAAUGCAUAAAAGUGAUAAGUGAUAGACUUGCAAAGGCUUACUCAGAACACGGUGACAUACAUUUCAAUUUGAUGGCUGUUAUUCCAGAUAAACGAUUAGCUAUUUUCCAUAAAUUAAAUGUGCUCAAAACAAAUAGACAACUUGUAUUAGAACUUUUAGAAAAAACAAGAUUAGACAUUGAAAAAUUACAAAAAGAGAAUAUUAGUGAUCAAUUGCCAAUUAAAUGCAUUAAAAAAAAAAUUUCACUCAUUCCUAGCACAUCAAAAGACAAUAAUAAAGAAAAGAUGAGUCCAGAAUCAAAUAAUAUUGUAGACAUCUGCGUACAAUCUUCAAGUGAUGGGUCAGAAGGUGAAAAAAUUCAAAGAGACAUGAAAAGUACACAUUUGCUUCACUAA